AGUAUCAGGCUAUCUGAUUGGACCUUUGCACAAAACGGCCGUCUCAUUGGCUAAGAUUGACGCGGGCUCUCAAACUGUAAAUAUAAGCUCAAAGCAAGCUUGCUAACCACGUGUCUGCCACGUCCUGAGUUACCGGCACGUUGUGUUCAUGUUGUCAGCAUGUCUACAGCUGACAUAUCCCCAACACUUGGCAUUCUCAAGUCACUGUAUCAACACGUGAAGACACUGGAGGAGUUUGCGGACAGCAUCGUGUUCAAAGAAGGACCCAAAGCAGCGCUUAUUAACGAGUCCGACACAAACCGCUUCAAAUCCUUCGUCCGGGAUGUUUUUGUAUGCUUUGACAAGGAACUACAGCAAGUGCCGAGCUGUAACCAGAUCUGCACUCUGCCUGAACUGCUGGCCUUUGUUCUUAACAGACUGAAAAGGAAAAAGAAAAGAAAUGUCUUAGCACACGGCUACAAUUUUCUGUCCCUGGCACAGGAAAAGCGGGAUGCGGACCACUUUAAAUUUCAAGGUGAUGUAACUCAAAGCGCUGCCUACAUCCACGGCAGUGACCUGUGGAAGAAAGUCACGAUGCGACUCGGCACAGACAUCACACGGUACCUGUUUGAGAGCUGCUCUGUGUUUGUGGCCGUCCCUCCUUCAUGUGUUUUCCAGGUGUGCGGCGUUCCCGUCUAUGACAGGGUGACCAUGACUACGUCCUCCCAUGGGUUUUGUCUCCGGCCUCGAUCUAGGACACAUAACAGUGCAAGAAGGUAUCGAGGUGCAGUGACCUUGAAAAGGAGACGGGAAGUUGAGAAACCUUCUACCAGCAAGAAAAGUAGCAGGGUGGAUGUAGGAGUGGAGAAGGGGAAAAGAAAGAGAGAAACUGAAGGAAAGGAUGAGGAGGAGAUUAUGACUUGUCCAGGAAAGAGGAGACGGGUAGGACAAAGAGGACCCGUGCAGGAAAUCCAACAGGUCUGCUAUGAAACAAUCAAGGAAGGGCAGCCCAUGUCUGUGGAACCAACCCUAUCUAUAAAGCCUUUAGAAAAUGUUGCUCCUGGUUCAAAACAGUCUGUUGAAAUGCAAACAAACAUACUUCCUCUGGAGGGAGGACCCAGUUGGAGAUCGGGUAUUUUCCCCCCUUUGCCUCCCUCGCAAAGUUUUAUCCGCACUCUGGGAUUCCUAUAUGGUGGACGGGGCAUGCGUGGCUUCCUUCUCAAUAGGAAGAAGAAGAGCGCUGAUGGAUGCAGAAGACUACAAGGUAGAGAUUUGGUACGAACAGUGUUCUUUGAGGGGCUGGCGUACCUAAACGGGGUUGAGAGGAAACCAAAGAAACUCCCCCGGCGCUUUUUUAACGCGGUCCCUCUCUUUGAUCAGCUAUUGCGUCAACACAGGAGAUGUCCCUACAGCAGAAUACUGCAGAAGAUGUGCCCACUGGCGGAGGAGAGAGAUCCAGGACGAGGGGAAUUAAGCUCCCUCUUGCCUCAACACUGUGCACCUCACCGGGUCUACCUGUUUGUCAAGGAAUGCCUCUCUGCUGUGAUCCCUUGUGAGCUGUGGGGUUCCCACCACAACCGACUUAAUUUCUUUGCAAGGGUCAGGGGUUUCUUGCGCAGUGGGAAGUUUGAGAAGCUUUCACUGGCUGAACUGAUGUGGAAGAUGAAGGUGAAUGACUGCAAUUGGUUGAAGAUCAGUAAGACAGGCAGGUUCCCGCCCAGUGAGCUCUUGUACCGGACACAGAUCCUGGGUCAGUUCCUGGCUUGGCUUCUGGACGGCUAUGUUGUGGGCCUGGUUCGAGCCUGUUUCUAUGUCAGUGAGAGUGUGGGCCAGAAGAACGCUCUCAGGUUCUACAGACAGGAAGUCUGGGCAAAACUGCAAGACUUGGCCUUCAGAGGUCACCUCUCUAAGGGUCAGAUGGAGGAGUUGACUCCGGCUCAGGUGGCGUCCCUCCCCAAAGCCACCGUCAUCUCCCGCCUUCGCUUUAUUCCCAAGACCGACGGCAUGAGGCCUAUCACACGAGUCAUAGGAGCAGAUGCUAAAACAAGGCAAUACCGUGGGCAUGUCAGGGACUUGCUGGAUAUACUGCAGGCGUGUGUGCGCUCCACUCCAUCCCUUCUGGGCUCCACAGUGUGGGGGAUGACAGAUAUCCACAAAGCGUUGCGCUCGAUAGCUCCUGCCCAGAAGGAGACACCGCAACCCCUCUACUUUGUUAAGGUGGAUGUGAGUGGAGCCUAUGAGAGUCUGCCUCACGACAAACUCAUUGAGGUGAUUGGCCACGCUCUGUCACCUGUCCAGGAUGAACUCUUUACCAUCCGCCGCUACGCUAAGAUCUGGGUUGAUUCCCACGAGGGCCUGAAAAAGUCUUUUGUUAGACAGGCAGAUUUUCUGGAGGAUAACAUGGGAUCGACCAACAUGAAAGGGUUUGUGAUGGCACUACAGAAAAGCGGGAAAGUUCAUCACACCAUACUGGUAGAGCAGCAUUUCUCCUCAGAUCUUUGUGGCAAAGAGGCGUUGCAGUUCUUCACCCAAAUGCUAACUGGCAGUGUUGUUCAGUUUGGGAAGAAAACAUACCGUCAGUGCCGAGGGAUUCCUCAGGGGUCGGUCGCGUCCAGUCUACUCUGCUGUCUCUGCUACGGUCACAUGGAGAACGCCCUGUUCAAGGACAUUACUAAAAAAAAAGGAUGUUUGAUGAGACUGGUGGAUGACUUUCUUCUAAUCACCCCAGACUUCCACGAAGCACAAUCAUUUCUCAAGAUCUUGCUGGCCGGUGUACCACAGUAUGGUCUGGUGGUCAACCCGCAGAAGGUGGUGAUCAACUUUCAGGUGUUGAGUAGUGAGAGCUCCUGUCCCGGCAUUCGCAUGCUCCCGCCUCACUGCCUCUUCCCAUGGUGUGGACUGCUGCUGGACACACACUUACUGGAUGUCUACAAAGACUAUUCCAGCUAUGCAGGACUGUCUUUCCGCUACAGCCUUACUUUGGGCUCUUUCCACUCAGCUGGACAGCAAAUGAGGAGGAAACUGAUGGCUGUCCUUAGACUCAAGUGCCAUGCUUUGUUCUUGGACCUGAAGACCAACUCUAUUGAGGCAGUCUACAAGAACAUCUACAAGCUGGUGCUGCUUCAUGCACGCAGGUUCCAUGUGUGUGCCCAGAGUUUGCCCUUUGGUCAGACGGUUGCUAAGAACCCUGUUUACUUCCUGCAGAUGAUAUGGGAUAUGGCAGAGUAUGGCAAUCAGCUCAUCAGGCUCAGCAACAAAGGAUUGAUUUUAGGCAGUAAGGCCCAGACUGGCAUUGUACAGUAUGAAGCAGUGGAGCUGCUCUUCUGUCUUUCCUUCUUGCUAGUGCUGUCACAACAUCGCCCUCUCUAUAAGGAUCUGCUCCCACACUUACAAAAACGGAAGCGCAGUCUUGAGCAGCGUCUGGGGGACCUGAGGCUGGCCAGGGUCCGGCAGGCCACUAACCCCAGGACCCCAGUCGACUUCUUGGCCAUUAAGACGUAGACUACCUACCAUUUACAUCUCUGAACCCAACCGCAAAACUCUCCGCAGCUGAAAUGCAUUGAUAAGUAUUUCAGUAAUCUAUUGGAAAAAACUAAGCAGACUUGGUCUAAAGACAGCUUUUUCUUUCUUGUCUCAUCCUCAGGUUUCAAAGGGAGUGAGAUGAGUAAUGUGUUCAGAUCAGUAAUUGUCUUUUAUUUGGUCUGUCAGUGUGUCAAAAACAUGUCCCGUAACUAUUAUACAGUAUCAGGAAAUGUGGCUGCAGAAAAAAAGAGAUAAACAGUCCUUAGUCAUCUGAUAUAAAACACUCAAGUGAUGAACUUUAGUCAUAAACACACCCUUUAAACAACAACCACCAGAUCAAUAAAGAUGGAUAUAUGAAAACCAUUAAGCUACUGUAUCAGACCCCUCCUCAUCCCACAGUUGUUGUUGUCUCCCUGGACUUUGAUUUACACUGGUGGUAGUUUUCCACAAAGACGACAUGAUGUCACUUGGAAAAUAAUUUAUAUUUUAAAGUUCACAGAAGUGUGUGUGUGUGUGUGUGUGUGUGUGUGUGUGUGUGCGCGCAUGUGUGUGUGAAUGAUUUGAAACUGAAUGUUAUUUACACCAUGUACAUUUCAUGUACAAAAGGAAUGAAUUUCACCGUUCAAUAAAUUUAAGUUUUGUUUUUGACUAAUCU